AUGAUUCAUAAAAUUAUCUUAUUCUGUUGUCUGAACCUAAAUGUUUUUUCUUUUUAUGAAAAUGAUUUUUAUUAUGCACCAGCUGUAAACCAGUUUUUGAAAAAUCAGAAAAAAUUAGUGAACGACUUGUUUGAUGGAUACGACGCUACAAUUGCACCAAUUUACUCACAGUUUGAUCUCUCCAAACCUGUCGACUAUGACCUGAUGGGUCCCAAAAGGUUCAAUUACUCGAUUUUUCUCUAUUUUUUGAAAAUCGUAGAAGUGAUUGAACCGGAGGAGAAAGUUUCAGUUAUUCUGGAAAUUGCUGAGACUUGGUAUGACGCUCGUUUGACGUGGGACCCAACCCUUUAUAAUGAUAUUCGGAUACUGUAUGUGAGACAAGAACGCGUUUGGAGCCCCACUAUCAGCUCGUUUAAAAUAAACGAUAUGACUGAUUUUCGUGAUCAAGACUUUCGUAUGGUCGGUGUGGACUAUCGAGGUCAUAUCAACUCUACAGUAUCUCUGAAAAUGUCGUUAAACUGCCCAUUAGACGUCACCAAGUUCCCAUUUGAUACUCAAACUUGUGUUAUUCAAUUUUCAUUACCUUUAUUUGCAUUCAAGUUUACCCAAUUGUUCAAUCAAAUUUAUCAUGGAAUACUGGACAAAACAGUUUGGAAAGAAAUGGGAAAUUCGGAAUGGGAGCUGGUCAAUUUGACGAACCGAAUCGAUAUUCUGAGCUAUGGAGAUGGUUUUGGAGAUUUUCAAUUGGCAACAUUUGAGAUUAAGAUUCGAAGAAACCCAAUGUAUUAUCUUUAUAUGAUUGUACUACCUUCCUUCAUCAUCAACACACUUUCAAUUAUCGGAGUGUUUAUGAGAAAAUCUGAUAGAAUGUCAAAGGUAGUUUAUUAUUUAAUAAAUUAUUUUACUCUUCUUUUUCAGCUCAACGUCGGCCUUACCAACAUCAUGACUAUGACUUUUAUCCUAGGAGUCAUGGCUGACAAAAUUCCAAAAACCGGAUCCAUCCCACUUCUAGGCAUUCAUAUAGUUGUGAACCUGUUCAUUACUGUAGUUGCGAUUGGGAUUAUUGUACUGAUUGGGAAAUUCAAGAAGUCUGUGAGCAAGAAAAGUGUGAUGAGUCAAAAAAUGGAGCGAACACUUGAAGAUUGGAUUGAUAUCAUUUGUAUGGUUGUUUUGGAAGCCGCAAUUUUUGCAAACUUUUUUGUGAUUAUUGGUUUUUGGAUAUGGAGUUAA